CUGCCCGCCCCAGGACCGUGCGCCGCGCAGCCCUGCCGGAACGGGGGCGUGUGCACCCCGCACCCGCUGCCGGGGCAGGAGCAACCGGCCUCCGCCGGCGAGCCCGGUUACAACUGCACCUGUCCCGCUGGGGUCUCGGGCAGCGACUGCCAGCUUGUUGCAGAUCCUUGUGCCAGCAACCCUUGUCACCAUGGCAACUGCAGCAGCAGCGAUGGCUAUGGCUACCUUUGCAUCUGCACUGAGGGCUAUACAGGUCCCAACUGUGAACAGCCACUUCCCGGGCUCCCCGCCUCAGGCUGGACCGAGUCCACGCAGCUUCAGCCUGUCCCCCCGACCCAGGAGCCUGAUGUGAUGUUGCCCCGCUCUCAGGCAACUGUGACCCUGCCAACCUGGCAGCCGAAAACAGGGCAGAAAGUCAUAGAAAUGAAAUGGGACCAAGUGGAGGUGAUCCCAGAUAUUGCCUGUGGGAAUGCCAGUUCUAAUAGCUCUGCGGGUGGCCGCCUGGUGUCCUUUGAAGUGCCACAGAACACCUCAGUAAAGAUUCGGCAAGAUGCCACCAUGUCGCUGAUCCUGCUGUGGAAGGUCACGGCCACGGGGUUUCAACAGUGCUCCCUCAUAGACGGACGGAGCGUGACGCCCCUGCAGGCUCCGGGGGGCCUGGUCCUCCUGGAGGAGAUGCUGUCCUUGGGACAAAAUCACUUCAUCGGUUUUGUGAAUGAUUCUGUGACUAAAUCUAUCGUGGCUUUGCGUUUAACUCUGGUGGUGAAGGCCAGCAACUGUGUGCCGGGGGAUGGCCAUGCAAAUGACUUGGAGUGUUCAGGAAAAGGAAAGUGUACCACAAAGCCAUCAGAGGCAACUUUUUCCUGCACCUGUGAGGACCAGUACAUUGGUACUUUCUGUGAAGAAUUCGAUGCCUGCCACAAGAAACCGUGCAAGAACGAGGCAAGCUGUAUUGAUGCAAAUGAAAAGCAGGAGGGGAGCAAUUUCACUUGCCUUUGCCUUCCUGGUUACACUGGAGACCUUUGCCAAUCCAAGAUCGACUACUGUAUCCUAGACCCAUGCCGAAACGGAGCCACUUGUAUUUCUAGUCUCAGUGGAUUCACCUGCCAGUGUCCAGAAGGAUACUUCGGAUCUGCUUGUGAAGAGAAGGUAGAUCCCUGUGCCUCAUCACCCUGCCAGAACAAUGGCACCUGCUACGUGGAUGGGGUGCAUUUCACCUGCAGCUGCAGCGCGGGCUUCACGGGGCCCACCUGUGCCGACCUCGUGGACUUCUGUGCACUCAGCCCGUGUGCUCAUGGCACCUGCCGCAGCGUGGGCACCAGCUACAAAUGCCUCUGUGACCCAGGUUACCAUGGCCUGUACUGUGAGGAGGAGUACAACGAGUGCCUCUCCGCCCCGUGCCUCAACGCAGCCACCUGCCGGGACCUGGUUAACGGCUAUGAGUGCGUGUGCCUGGCGGACUACAAAGGAAUACACUGUGAGUUGUACAAGGAUCCCUGUGCCAACGUCAGCUGUCUGAAUGGAGGCGCCUGUGACAGCGAAAGCCUGAAUGGCACCUGCGUCUGCGCACCGGGCUUCACAGGUGAAGAAUGUGACAUUGACAUAAAUGAAUGUGACAGUAACCCUUGCCAUCAUGCUGGAACCUGCUUGGACCAGCCCAAUGGUUAUGCCUGCCACUGUCCCCAUGGCUGGGUGGGAGCAAACUGUGAAAUCCACCUGCAGUGGAAGUCGGGGCACAUGGCGGAGAGCCUCACCAACAUGCCUCGCCACUCCCUCUACAUCAUCAUCGGUGCCCUCUGCGUCGCCUUCGUCCUGAUGCUGAUCAUCCUGAUCGUGGGCAUCUGUCGCAUCAGCCGCAUCGAGUACCAGGGCUCUUCCCGGCCGGCCUAUGAGGAGUUCUACAACUGCCGCAGCAUCGACAGCGAGUUCAGCAAUGCCAUCGCGUCCAUCCGGCAUGCCAGGUUUGGAAAGAAAUCCCGGCCUGCAAUGUACGACGUGACCCCCAUCGCCUAUGAGGAUUACAGCCCUGAUGACAAACCCUUGGUCACACUGAUUAAAACAAAAGAUUUGUAAUCUUUUUCUUUUUUUUUUUGGAUUAUUUUUCAAAAAGAUGGGGAUACUACAUUCAUUUAAAUAUUUUUAAGAAAAUUAAAAAGCUUAAGAAAUUUAAAACAUUAGCUGCUCAAGAGUUUUCUGUAGAAUAUUGAAGAACUAAUUUUCUGCAGCUUUUAGUUUGAAAAAAGAUAUUUUAAAAAAUGGAAUUUGUGAAACCCAUAGACUACGUUUUAAUGUACUUUGAGCUCUCUAAACUGUAUGCUUUGAUUAGUGUGUGCCCUUCCCACAGUAGAUCGUACCACAAAGCCCAGCUGGAUUUCUGUGGUCAUUACAGAAUAAGUCUCCUCAAGGAGAAAUUUCUUUUUGACGUGAGUGCCGGCUUUCUGAAUAGAGUAGGAAAUAUAUGUAAAGUAGCGUAUGAUGUAUAAUACGGUAUACCCGUUACUUAAAAAGAAGUCUGAAAUGUCUGUUUUGUGAAAAAGAAACUAGUUGAAUUUAUUACUCUUAACCUGAAUGAAAUUAGCCUUUGCCUUAUCCUGUGCAUGGGUUAAGUAACUUAUUUCCACACUGUUCCACUGAACUUCGCAGAGACUUUCUUUUCCCAGUCUGUUGUUGUCAUUUUUGUAACAGCUAUCAAACUUGGCCUUGAAGAUGUACACAACAAAAGGGCCUAGGGAGGCGAACUCUGAUUGAUUUUAAUCUAUAUUUUUCUCUUUAAAAGCCAAGGUUCUGUUUUACAUGGUGAGUAUAUUAAAUUUCCAUUUGAACUGUUGUUGCUAAGAGGUAGGAAAUGUAGGGGAUACUGGUUCCUUCAGUAGUGAGUAUUUCUUAUAGUGCAUCUUUAUUUAUAUCCAAGACAUUUUUUGGUGGCUGUAUUUGAUUGAUAUGUGCUUCUUCUGAUUCUUGCGAAUUUCAAAGAAAAUUGAAUAAAUGUUAGCAAGUCAAAGA